UUACAUUGUAGCUGCGCACUGAYAGGAUUUCGAUCUUGACCGGUUCGACUUCCUUCAGCAUAUAUUUUUUUACUCUGUUUUAUCAACAAAAGCAAACAUGUCUGAAAGAAAAGUAUUAAAUAAAUACUACCCUCCGGAUUUUGAUCCGUCCAAAAUCCCGAAACUUAAACUCCCAAAGGAUCGUCAGUAUGUGGUCAGAUUGAUGGCUCCAUUCAACAUGAGGUGCAAAACAUGUGGUGAGUACAUCUACAAAGGGAAGAAGUUCAACGCACGUAAAGAGACGGUUCAGAAUGAGCAGUACAUGGGACUGCCGAUCUUUCGCUUCUACAUCAAAUGCACUCGCUGUCUCGCUGAAAUCACGUUUAAGACUGACCCAGAGAACACAGACUAUGCUAUUGAGCACGGUGCAACACGUAACUUCCAAGCAGAGAAGCUGCUUGAGGAGGAAGAGAAGAGAAUCCAGCAGGAGAGAGAAGAUGAAGAACUGAACAAUCCCAUGAAGGUGUUAGAGAAUCGCACAAAGGAUUCCAAGAUGGAGAUGGAAGUUCUGGAGAACCUCCAGGAGCUGAAGGAGCUGAACCAGAGGCAGGCUCAGGUGGACUUCGAGGGAAUGCUCGACCGAUACAGAGAGAUGGAACGGAGGGAGAGGGAGAGGAUAAAGGAGGAAGAUGAACGUGAAACCAAAGAAAUGUUGGAUCGCGCUCUUGUGAAACGACUGAGGGAUUCUGAUUCUGAUUCAGAAAAGGAAGAGGAGAGCAGCAGCCAGUCAGUAACAUCCAGAGCAGAUAAACCAACAGACAUCCUCACCACUGACCAACACACUGAAGCACAGGGAGCCUCAUCUGGGGGUGUGAAGAGGGCCAAGGUGGAGAGCUGGGAGAGGAGUGUUGGGACCCUGGGAAGCAGAGGGGCUCUCAGCUCCCUAGUGGUGCGCAAGAAACCAGCGGUGACCGUCAAUAAAUCAGAGGAAACGACUGCUUCUCCUCUGACCUCACAGCCAGAUUCAAAAACAUCAAUGGCCGACGCUUCAAAUGCAUCUAGAGCAGCACAAAACGGCUCCUCAUCUCUCAGCCUGCUGGGGGCGUAUUCAGACAGCGACAGCAAUGGCAGUGACUGACGCUCAGCUGCAACAAAAGCAAACAGGAUUGGAUUUCAUUUUUUGRAACUGAAAUUGAAAUCAUGGUGUUUUAGUUGUGGUAGGCAGAUUAGCCACUGAAUGAAAGUGUAGCAUUGAAGGCUUACUUUAGCUCAUCCAUUAAUACUUUGACUUAAUGGUGAAAAUUUAAGAUUAAAAAGAAUAUAAACGAGUUUUAGUGUCUCUCUACCAAAAACAUGUUGCUGUUUGAGUAGAAGCUGAAAAUAAAUCUAUUUCUGAUACAAAAAAUAUCAGCUGCA